AUGGGAGAUGGUGAUCGAGACGGAAACUGGGAUUUCCAUCUCCGUACAUUAUCAAACAGCAGUAGAGACUCCAAUUUAUCAAACGACCCCGCGUCUGAUCCCUCUGUUCUCCAAUCCGUGAAGAGACUACAUGAAUUGUGUAAAGAAGAGAAUUCAGAGGAUUUGAUAGCUAGGGUUUAUCCGCAUAUCAAUAAGCUCUUUCAGCGCUCUGUCGCUUCGCUUUCUCAAUCUAGAAAUCCUUAUGGACUUCUCUUGCUGGCUAUUCUUCAAUUUUUCCUUGAUUUUGGAGAGGUGGUUCUACAUGAUGCGGAUCCUAGCCUGCGGACAUUUUUUCGUUCGUGUUUGAGCCGUGAAUUUGCAGAUCCAGUUGUUGCAGAAGCAACCCUUGACUUUCUAAAUGUGAACAAGAAAAAGAUUUUAACCUCUUUUUCUACCCUACUGCCUCAGUUCUUUCCUUUGUUGCUGAAGCUGAUUGCAUGGAAUGGAGAAAAAGUAGAAAAAUCGUUUAUGAAGAUUUUUCCAGGAUUGAUGUCACCUGGCUCAUUCCUUCCUCUAUUUCCAUCUUUAGUGGAUUUGCCAAUUUUGGUAGUGGCACUAGAAAAGGUAGAACGGAGUUCAGGAUCCCUGAUUGGAAGCAGCAUAGCCUCCAUCCAGAAGAGUACGGCUCCUGAGAUGCUACUUGCCCUCAUGGAUGAAGCUUAUACUGGUUCAACCAUAGCAGAUGGUGGGGCAGACUCUGAAUCUGAGGAUAGCAACACAAUAGAUGCAGCUGAUACUUUGUUUCUUGAACUUCUCAAGGAUGAAAAUGAUGGGCUUGCAGAACGGCAUGGGACUUCUCCUGCUAUGGUUGCCACUCUACAGGCUGCAAUCAACACCCAUCAGUCUGAUAGGCUAAAGCAAAUACUCAAAAUGACACCUCGGCUUCUCGAUGUUCGUAAGAGGCUUGUAGAGUUCAUACUUGCUGCAUUUCAGCGAUCUCCAAAUUUUAUUGCUCUACUGAAGAAACCUAUAAUGGAUAGGCUUGGAGAAGCAUAUGACAGCCCUGCAAAGACAGAGUUGGCAUUACAGUUGUGCUGGGCCAUUGGGGAGCAUGGUGGGGGAGGUGGAUCUCACAAAGAUGCUGCUCGUGAGCUUUUUGAGAGUUUAGAACUACUUUUAUAUGAAAACCUAUCCUCUAGUCGUCUCGGCUUAAGAGAGUCUGCUUUGAGCUCUGGUGGUGAAAGCUCAAGAAAGUCAUCACAAUCAAGGCUACUUUGUUUUGUUGUAACAGCCAUUGCAAAGCUUGCCACGUAUCACCGGGAAUUAUUACCAAGGGCACGUGUAUCCUUGGGCAAGGUAGCCCGAUCUCGGAUCUCAGAUGUGAGGGUUUGGAGACGUGCACGUGAUUAUUUGGGUUUAAUGAAUGAGCCUGCAAUUUGUUUGUCUGUAUUGGGCCCUUCAAGACCUUCAGAAGGAAACAUGCAAAAGCCAGGCACUGUCAACUGGAGUGAAGGUGGCACAAAGAUGAUUGCACACAUUCCAUUUUACAUUCUUGGUGAACAAAAAGGUCCUCCUUUCCAUGAUUUUUCUUUUUCAGAUAUCCUUCCUAGAAGAUGA